AAGUAUAAACGGCAAAAUGUCUCGAGCGCGCAUUCUCUUCAAUCGCACACCCUUCACAUCCUCGUGCCAAAUCGCCCGCCAGUCCCUCCGCCAUGCCCGGAACACGCCUGCCCUUGAACUCCCCCUCCAGUCCCGCAUCCGCUGGUCCUACUUCUGGUACGCCAGCAUCCUCGCCCUGGGAAUCACCACUGGCAUGGGCGCCCGCCACUUUGCCGCGCCCCUUGGUCUUCCUGAGCCCGGCACGCACGACGACGCGCUGAUUCUGGACUCGCUCCGCCGCGACAUUGACGCCCUCGAGAUUGUGCAGUCGCUCCGCUCCCAAUCGUACAAUCUCCACACCGACACGGCGCUGCGGUCAGGCCCGGGCCUCACGUCUGAGCCGCGGCCCGGAAGCCGCAAGAUCUCGGCGUACAAGGGGUGGUUGGAGCUGGACUUGUCGUUUGGGCGCGAGAACGACGGCAACAAGGGCGUGCUGGGCGCCAUGGGGGGCGCGCGCGGCCUGGGCGUGCAACGCGCAUUCUGGAAUGCAGAGACGAGGGAGAUGGUGGCUGUUGUGUGGAUUGGAGGCGCGUUGAGUGGCUGGCCUGGUGUUGCGCAUGGGGGUGCCAUAGCUACCAUUUUCGAAGAGGUGUUUGCCAGAAUGGCAAAGGGUCCGGAUGGGUUUGUGGAGCCUCGCCAUCGUCCAGACUCGCUUUCAUUGACCUACGCAAAGCCCACGCACAGUCUCGACUUUUAUAUUAUCCGCGCUGCCUUUUCAAAGCCAGACCUCCCGCAGUCGGAGCCCCCGCCUGAGCCACAGUCGCAGCCUACCAAGAGCUGGUUGGCGUGGUUGUCGCCGAGCAAGGAUCUCACAAAGAAGAAGACUGGCGCUCCUGGAGAGGAGAUUACAGGCACGCUGGAGAGUGUCCAGGGAAGUUUGUGUGUAAAAGCCAAAGCGACGUUUAAUCGCUUGUGAAGAGUAGUCCUGUGGUGGUGUUGCUGAUGAAGAUACCCGGGGUGAAAAGUGCGUUGUUGGAUAAGUUUGUUACUUUUGUUGUACAUGCAUGCGUAUGGGAUGUGCUAUGCGGAUAUGUGACUGUCAGCAGCGCAGUGCCAGAGUGGACUUUACGUAGACUUUGUGUAGAAGUAACUGCCGCAAUAUGCUUUGAUGCAAGUUGUGCUUGCAUGAC